CCCUACUCCCCCUGCGACCACUCCACAACCAGCUACGGAGGCCCCUAAAGUACAAAUAUCCCCUAGGCACUGGCGUAGCCUGCUAGAUUUUUUUCCUUGUUACUCCACUUGGUACCAAGGUCCUUUGUUCAGUUUUUGUCAGGAAUUCGGGAUCGCGAAUUUCUUCCGCCGGCGGGAACUCUAACGCUCUUCACGGAAGUAAACUUGUUUUUUGGGCUCCCCCCGCCCGCUACGCCGUGGCUGCCUGCAUUCCUUCCCUCCCACCUCUCGGAAUUGUGGCGGGAGGGGGAGGAGGAAGUCAAGGCGCCUGCGCGGAGAGGCCGCUUUCCAUCCGGGUCCCUGUCCGUGCGGUGCAGCAGGUCGGUAGGCGGGAAAUGGCGACUGGCUGAAGGAGCUGGUUCUGUUGCUGCUGCGGGCUAAGGGGGAAAGACACCGCACAUUGCGCAGUCGGGACCAUUGCCGGAGCCUGAGGACACUUCUCUGUCGUCACAGUUAGUUUUACAUGUGGCACCCAUAAAACAUGAGGCUGAGAACACGGAAAGCUUCUCAGCAAUCAAAUCAAAUCCAAACACAACGCACUGCCAGAGCAAAGAGGAAAUACUCAGAGGUUGACGAUAGCCUGCCUUCAGGAGGAGAAAAACCACCGAAGAAUGAAACCGGCUUAUUGUCUUCAAUUAAAAAAUUUAUUAAAGGAAGCACACCCAAGGAAGAGAGAGAAAAUCCCUCGAAACGGAGUAGAAUUGAACGUGAUAUAGAUAAUAAUUUGAUCACAUCAACACCAAGAGCAGGAGAAAAGCCUAACAAACAGAUAUCUCGAGUAAGACGGAAAAGUCAAGUAAAUGGAGCUGGUAGUUAUGAAAUGACAAAUCAACAUGUAAAACAAAAUGGAAAAUUAGAAGAUAAUCCUUCCUCUGGCAGUCCUCCAAGGACUACGCUGUUGGGGACCAUAUUUUCUCCUGUCUUCAACUUUUUUUCACCAGCAAAUAAAAAUGGGACAUCAGGAUCCGAUUCCCCGGGACAGGCUGUGGAAGCUGAAGAAAUAGUAAAACAACUUGAUAUGGAACAGGUGGAUGAAAUUACUACCAGUACUACUACAUCAACUAAUGGAGCGGCUUACUCAAGUCAAGCAGUUCAAGUGAGGCCAUCAAUAAAUAAUGGUUUAGAAGAAGCGGAAGAAACAGUUAAUCGUGAUAUCCCACCCCUUACAGCACCAGUAACUCCAGAUAGUGGUUACUCAUCAGCCCAUGCAGAGGCCACCUAUGAAGAAGACUGGGAAGUGUUUGACCCCUAUUAUUUCAUCAAACAUGUUCCACCACUGACAGAAGAACAACUAAAUAGGAAACCUGCUCUUCCAUUGAAAACAAGAAGCACACCAGAAUUCUCCCUAGUUUUAGACUUGGAUGAAACACUAGUACACUGUAGUUUAAAUGAGCUAGAAGAUGCAGCACUUACUUUUCCAGUCCUUUUCCAAGAUGUCAUUUAUCAGGUUUACGUGAGAUUAAGACCAUUCUUCAGGGAAUUCCUGGAACGAAUGUCUCAGAUGUAUGAGAUCAUUCUUUUUACUGCUUCUAAGAAGGUGUAUGCAGACAAGUUACUGAACAUACUAGACCCUAAAAAGCAACUGGUCAGGCACCGGCUUUUCCGUGAACAUUGUGUUUGUGUACAAGGAAACUAUAUAAAAGACUUAAAUAUCCUUGGAAGAGACCUUUCAAAAACUAUCAUAAUUGACAACUCACCACAAGCCUUUGCAUAUCAGCUAUCUAAUGGAAUCCCUAUAGAAAGCUGGUUUAUGGAUAAAAAUGACAAUGAACUUCUAAAACUGAUUCCAUUUCUGGAGAAGCUAGUAGAACUGAAUGAAGAUGUUCGACCUCACAUCAGAGACAGAUUUCGCUUGCAUGAUUUGCUGCCCCCAGAUUAAGUACAAAGACUUAUCAAAUCACUGAAGGGGGAGAGAAUGCAGGACCCUUUUGGACUAAGACAAAAACAUUGCCAUUACUGUUGAAAUUUUGCAUUUUUGUACCCCGUCUUGCUUUUCUUAUCUUUGGUGCCCAAUAAUAAUCAAGGGUUACAGAAAGAGACUUUAUCUCAGAUUGAAUACAUACAGUAGGUAGGCUAAAACAGAAGAGUCUUUAGAACUAGUGCAACUCCAGUGAAAUUUUUUUAUGUACAGGACAUCUGCAGUUUAUAAAGAAUUCUGUUUCUGCCACCAGCAGUUUGACCUGUAGUCACACAGGAUUUUAUGAUAAUAACAGAGAUGAAAAUGGACUUUUAUUUUCUCUCUGUUUGGUGCUCUAAGUGGGUUUGUAGCCACUUUUCUGUUACUUUAAAAUUCUCAUUUCAACAGGAAUGGCCAGUAAAAGUUGUUUUAUUUUUCCUGUUAAGGUUUAUAACCUUUUUACAUUUUUGACCUGUAUUAGAUUAGAAUUUCAUUAUGCAUUCCUAUUAGUUGAGGCGCUUCAUAGUUUUCUGGAAAUAGUCAAUUUUUAGUUUUUUAUUAUACAUUUGAAUGGCCGUUUUCCUGCUUUGUCUGCCUGCAUAUUGUAUAUUUGUUUAAAAAUAUUCUCUACUUUUUAGUCCAUGUAAGUUUCAUUUAGAAAGACAUGCAUUUAUAUUUUGUUUCUGUAAUAUUCUACUGUAGGCGAAAUCUUUUCAGAAAAUCAAGAGACUGGGUAGAUAAGAAUAUAUGAAUGACUAAUAUUCAGAAGAUUUAAACCAUUGUGAUGGCAUGUGUUCCCAAGUGGUAAUAUCUUGCAGUGUCACACAGAUUUGAUGGAUAAAGGUAUACCUCAGACUUCACUGUGCUCACCAAUCUUUGAGGAGAAUGAGUUUGGUCACCUCUUGGGCUUGAUUUGGUUACUGCUGCCUUUGGUUUUCUCCAAGAAUGAAGUAUUCAGCACAGUGAUUCAGUAUUUUUAGUUCUUUUGCAUGGGCUGGUAGUACCUCUGUUAUGCUCUCGGUUACAAUCAAUUUAAAACUCUGUGUAACAGUCUUGGUACCUUACAGUAGCUAUGCAUAAUCCUGUGGCACAGUAAACUCCCAAGCCACCAAUGCAGUUAAUAUGCUCUCAUAGUGGUUUUCUAUGCUAUAUGAAAAUAGUCUUCAAGCCUUGGUUCUCUAAUGCAGCUACCACAAGAGGUUGAUAUUUUUAUAGUGGCGUGUAAUCUCCUUUUCGGGAGGCUUUUUAUGGAAGGUAGAAUUUGUAAAAGUUAGUUAUGCUUUGCCUCUCGACUGCAUUAACAUGCCACAGGCUCAGACUGUUUUUGUGUAAAGGAUGUCAAAGAACGGCACUUUUUCUAAAGAGAAGUUUGAUAUUUUGUAUGCUUGUUAAGAAAGUACAGUAUUGGAAAUUAAAGGUGGACAACUGAUAAUUGAGGAGUAUGUCACUUAAUUUUUUAUGUAUAUUACCUGUUUACUUGUACAACUUAUUGUACAAAUUACAUGCAGCUUCAUUUUCAAAUGAAUCCUUAAAAUAAGGAAAUCUUUUUAGGAAAACAUUUAAUUUUUGUAUUUUUGAUUUUAAAGGCAUGAGUUAUGUCAAUUUUCAGUGUAUUAAUGAAGAUUUUAACUUUUCAUCAGGUUGAGUGUUUUCUUACUAUAUUAUCUGUUGUGUAUGUAGUUAGCAUAUUGUGUCACUGAACUGUUUAAAAAUCUAGCAUGUAGAGCAAGCCUGUUUUGUGGAAACUCCUUAUUCAUUAAAAAAAUAAUCAUGGCAGAUUUUCUGCAAAAAAAAAAGCAAAAGCAUUUGCAAUUCAGAAUACUGGGGGGUUUUUUGUUUUUCUUUUAAUUUAAAGAAAGGUAUUUUGCUUGCAGGAAAAAAUACAGAUUCAUUUUAAUGAGAAUCUUUGAAAUGUAUUUAUCUUUAGGGCAUCUGGGCAUCUUUAUGCUGUUUGUCUUCUGUCUUUCUUGAAAUAAAAUGUACAUACGUUACCUUUACAUAUGCUCUUGCUCAAAAUUGUGAACCUAGUUACAUUUCUCCUUGCUCCCUUUUUAAUGUUCAAACAGCAAAACCCAAAACCUAUAUAAGAUCUAAACUUUCAGCGUGCAUUGUAAUUGCUGAAGGCUUUUCUAAUUAAGUAAAUACAGUCUCAAAGGGCUUUCCCCGUAAGUAAAAGGGAAGUGUAAGCACCUAUAUAUACCAUUGUGCCUGUGGGCACUUUAAAUAAACACCAACCUUUAAUCAUCUUUUAUUAUUGGUAAAGCUGUUUUCAAUCCCCCACUAGGAUAGUUCCUUUAAGUCAGCUGACAAACAAAUCAAGCCUAACAAGAUUCUUAAAAAAAUAUAAACUAAGGGAAAUUUUUAUAUGGCCUAAAAAUUUCCUGAUCAACUUAAUAUAUUUUUCUUCAUUACUUAAAUUUUUUUAAGUUCCCAUGUGGCACAGUGGGUUAAGGAUGCAGCGUUGCCAGAGCUGUGGCGCAGGUUGCAAAUGCAGAGUGGGUUUGACCUUUGAUCCCUGGCCCGGAACUACCACAUGCCAUGGGUAUGGCCAAAAUAAAUAAAUAAAUUUGUUAUUCCAUCUUAAUAUGUUUUAUCUUAUUACCCCUUUCCUUUAUAUAUUGAUAGAUGUUAUCUACUUCCAUGUAGCUAAAUGGAGGUGUUUAAGGAAUUGAGAUGUGCCCAACCCCUUUAGUUCACACAGGAACAUGAACUCUUAAAAGCUGACUGUAGUAAAUGCAGGAGAGAUGGAUACCUGACAAGAGACAGCAAAAGUGACCUAUAUACACAUCACAACUCUGAAGUACAUAUUAUAAUUGUGAUAUUUCCAGUGAUAAAUGUCUGACUUUUAAAGACAUUCUUUUAAAUAUUUGUAUUAUUGUUAGGAUGUUUUAAUCAGUUGUGUUUUUUAAUUCCAUGUAAUAUAUGUAGCCCUAAUCAGAUUUAUAUCACCAUAUUUCUCCUUGGGUCUUAAAAGAGAGUUGAUAACAAUUUGAAAGCAUAAAUUGUUUUAUAUUAGCUAGUAUGUAUAUUUAUUUACCCGAUGGCUUUAUCUUGUUUCUCCCCAAUUUUUUUUUGGGGGGGGGAAUUCAUUGAAAACAUUGUAACUUCUAUAAAUGGCUAUUUUCUUGUAACUGUCAGUGAAAAUGGAUGUGUACAUUUUUUUUAUAUAUAUUUCUCUGGUUUUCCUGGUUUGUUUGGUUUUGGGGGGCUUUUGGGGGGGUAGUUAAAAUCUUUUUUUAAAGAAGUUAUCUUUGGCCAAUGACUUUUUCAGCUAGAUAUCACUUUGAUUCAACCAUCUAAAGAAGUUUGUUUUUCAUUGUUUUGUUCAGUCAACUUCCUGAAAAGCAAAGAGACUUCACCUCAUCAAUGAAGAAAGCAUUUCAUUAUUUCUACAAAUCUUUACCACGAGCACAGACUUCUUCAUAAGGACCAGAUCUCUUCCACGUUUUGUAUCAAUCACAUUAAGCUGAAAUGUAAAGGACACUGAAGCCUUCAUUUAAUUGUACUAACAUGAUGGUGUUAUAUACUACAUCAUUAGCUAGUUAAGAUUUUCUGACCUGACUUCUCUUUGUCUUCGUAGGUAUUUAUUUGUUAUCUCUUUUAAUCUUGUGUAUCUAAAUUAGUGUUAAUAGUUACCCACCGAAUAACUAUGCCAAGCAACUAGGAAAGAAUGUUUAUUUUAUUUCCCCUUAUAGGGGAAGAGUGGACUGGGAACAAAAAUGUAUGGGCCAAAAGGCCUGAGGUUGUCAUUCAUUCACUUUCUUAUUCCUCUCAUGAGCUAUAUUUGAAUAUAGUAUUUUUUCAGUGCUUAUGUGCUUAUUAUGUCAUUACUUUUCAUGUCUUCCCCUGAGUUAAAAAGCCUGCUAGGAACCUGUAUAAAAUACAUUUUAAAAUUUCAGAAUAAGAACCACAGAACUCGGUAUCUUAUAUUUAAAUGCUAUUUAAAUUAUUAUCGGAAUUCAAGUCUUGCUCACUAGUAUACGUUUUUGUAAAAUGUUUCUCUGUAUCUUGAAUUGCAGUUACUUGCCCAGAGGCAAGAGUUCCGAGGUUAUAGUGCGUUUUGAGAAAUUUUUAAAAGGGGGAGAGUAGAGCAACAAGUUUAUACUUAGUUACUUUAUGGUUUUGAUAUUAGUUAUUAGUGUUAUAAAAUACAUCAGUGGUUCCCAAACCUGACUGUCGGUUAGAAUUACUCUGUAGAGCUUUUGAAAUACAGAUUCCUGCGGCUGGGCCUCUGCAAAAUUGUCUCACUGGGUCUAGAGUGGGGCCUGAGAAGUCUUUAUUUUUUAAAAGUUCUCCAAGUGAUUCUAAUAGCCAGGUUUGGGAAAUCACUGCUUUAAAUAAUGUGACAGUGGUUUGAGAAUUGAGAGUAGGAACAAAAUAAAGUUUACCAGACAUCU